CCUCCUCCCUCAGUCUCCAGACGUCCCUGCAGGAGGACAGACCUGCAGACUGGACUCUGUCUCUCUCUCUCUCUUCUUCUUCUUCUCCUCUUUCUUCUUCUUCUGGUGUUCUGUCCUCCUGUGUCCCUCAUCAUGCUGGAAACACUCACCUUCCUCCUGCAGAAGCUCUUCCUCCUCGCGCACAUUAAGCUCUCCAGCCUGGUUCCUGACCCGGACUGUCCCCUGAAGAGGCGCAGUGAGCGGGAGGACUCUCCUCCACAGCCUGGAUCUGGAUCUGGAUCUGGAUCUGGAUCAGCUCAGAAGUUCCAGCGGGGGGACCUGCUGGAGGUCCCUCGGACUCUCUUCACUCACUUCGGGAUCUACCUGGGGGAGGACCGGGUGGCGCACCUGAUCCCGGACGUCCUCCCUGCCCUGACCACAGACCGCCGGCUGAUCCAGCAGAUGGUGACCAACACGCGCCUCCUCCUCGGGGUGAUCGCCAAGCGCGCGAGCAUCCGGACGGACUGCGUGGAGGACUUCGCGUACGGGGCCGGGAUCCUGCUGAACCACAUGGACCGCGCGGUGCUGCGCGGCGCGGUGCCGCGCGGCGCGCUGAGCGGGGAGGAGGUGGCGCAGAGGGCCGAGCGGCUCGUGGGCUCCGUGUCCUACAGCCUGCUGUGGAACAACUGCGAACACUUCGUGACCUACUGCCGCUACGGGACCGCGCAGAGCCUGCAGACAGACCAGGUGAGAGUCCGGGUCCAGGGGGGGGGGGCUUUGACGCGCGUGGCCGACACACCAAUCGAUCCCAGAGGAUCUCGUCCGGUGGAGCCCGGCACCAGAGACGAAAAAUGUGACUCCAAGAAGGAGUGGCCUUUCUGCACAGACGAUGACUGGCUCAUUGCUCCAGCUAUCUUCUGCUAA